CCCCGCGUCCCCGCCCUCGGCGCCUCGCGACCCCGGCUCGCCUCCACUCGGCGCCGCGAUCCCGGGCCAUGCCCCGCUACGAGUUGGCUUUGAUUUUGAAAGCCAUGCGGCGGGGUUGGUACAGUAGGCUUCACUAGACUUAGCUGCAACUCAGAAUUUCUCCUCCAGCACCUGAGUAAAUGCUGAUGGUCUUGUGGAUUAAGAGUACGAGCUAAAUUCUCAAUCCCAAUUGAGAAGCGGAGGAAAUUUAAAACUGUCUCCUUCGAAGCUUACCACAGCCACCACCAUCAAGACAGCAAACAAAGGACAAAGACUUUGAACCGCUGUGUUGCUCUGUGUAGUCCUGUUCACGUGUGCUUUACAGACUUGGCUGGGUUACUAAGUAAAUAAAAAGUUGGACGCUCUGUCAUUCGGACAUUUUAUUCACAAGUUACCAGAAUGAGGGCUGUACUGGAGACAGCAGACAUUGCCAUAGUGGCCCUGUAUUUUAUCCUGGUCAUGUGCAUUGGUUUUUUUGCCAUGUGGAAAUCUAAUAGAAGCACUGUGAGUGGAUACUUCCUGGCCGGGCGCUCUAUGACUUGGGUGGCAAUUGGUGCCUCUCUGUUUGUGAGCAAUAUUGGGAGUGAACACUUCAUUGGGCUGGCAGGAUCUGGAGCAGCAAGUGGAUUUGCAGUGGGCGCGUGGGAGUUCAAUGCCUUACUGCUCUUGCAACUUCUGGGAUGGGUUUUCAUCCCGAUUUACAUCCGGUCAGGGGUAUACACUAUGCCUGAAUACUUGUCCAAGAGAUUCGGUGGCCAUAGGAUUCAGGUCUAUUUUGCAGCCUUGUCUCUGCUUCUCUAUAUCUUCACCAAGCUCUCAGUGGACCUGUAUUCAGGUGCCCUCUUUAUCCAGGAGUCGUUGGGUUGGAACCUUUAUGUGUCUGUCAUCCUGCUCAUUGGCAUGACCGCUCUGCUGACGAUCACCGGAGGCCUGGUUGCAGUGAUCUACACAGACACUCUACAGGCUCUGCUCAUGAUCAUUGGGGCACUCACACUUAUGGUUAUUAGCAUGAUGAAGAUUGGAGGGUUUGAGGAAGUUAAGAAAAGGUACAUGUUGGCCUCACCCAAUGUUACUUCCAUUUUGUUGAAAUACAACCUUUCCAACACAAAUUCAUGUAACGUCCACCCGAAGGAUGAUGCCCUAAAAAUGUUGCGAGAUCCAACAGAUGAAGAUGUUCCAUGGCCUGGAUUCAUUCUUGGGCAGACCCCAGCCUCAGUGUGGUACUGGUGUGCUGACCAAGUCAUCGUGCAGAGGGUUCUGGCAGCCAAAAACAUUGCUCAUGCCAAAGGCUCUACUCUAAUGGCUGGCUUCUUGAAGCUUCUCCCAAUGUUUAUCAUAGUUGUACCGGGAAUGAUUUCCAGGAUACUGUAUGUUGAUGACAUAGCUUGCAUCAACCCUGAACACUGCAUGCAAGUGUGUGGAAGCAGAGCUGGGUGCUCCAAUAUUGCUUACCCUCGCCUGGUUAUGAGGUUGGUUCCUGUGGGCCUUCGGGGCUUGAUGAUGGCAGUGAUGAUUGCGGCUCUGAUGAGUGACUUGGACUCCAUCUUUAACAGUGCCAGUACCAUUUUCACCCUCGACGUGUACAAACUUCUCCGCAAGAGUGCAAGCUCCCGGGAACUAAUGAUAGUGGGCAGGAUAUUUGUGGCUUUUAUGGUUGUCAUCAGCAUAGCAUGGGUGCCAAUUAUUGUAGAGAUGCAAGGAGGCCAGAUGUACCUUUAUAUCCAGGAGGUGGCAGAUUAUCUGACCCCUCCAGUGGCAGCCCUCUUCCUUCUGGCAAUUUUCUGGAAACGCUGCAAUGAGCAAGGGGCCUUCUAUGGUGGAAUGGCAGGCUUUGUUCUUGGAGCUGUCCGUUUGAUACUGGCUUUUACCUACCGUGCUCCUGAGUGUGACCAGCCUGACAACAGGCCAGGCUUCAUCAAAGACGUCCAUUAUAUGUAUGUGGCUACAGCACUGUUCUGGAUCACAGGACUCAUUACUGUAAUUGUUAGUCUUCUCACACCACCUCCCACAAAGGAUCAAAUUCGAACUACCACCUUUUGGUCAAAGAAGACCCUGGUGACAAAGGAGAGCUGCUCUCAGAAAGACGAGCCCUACAAAAUGCAAGAGAAGAGCAUCCUACGAGUCGCUGAGAACAGUGAGGUCAUCAACCACGUCAUUCCCAACGGGAAGUCUGAAGACAGCAUUAAGGGACUCCAGCCUGAAGACGUUAAUCUGUUGGUGGCAUGCAGAGAAGAGGGCAACCCGGGAGCUUCCCUGGGCCAUUCAGAGGCAGAAACACCAGUAGAUGCUUAUUCCAAUGGGCAAGCAGCUCUCAUGGGUGAGAGAGAGAGAGAGAAGGAGACAGAAAACGGAAGCCGCUACUGGAAGUUCAUAGACUGGUUUUGUGGCUUUAAAAGUAAAAGCCUUAGCAAGAGGAGUCUCAGAGACUUGAUGGAUGAGGAGGCUGUUUGUUCACAGAUGUUAGAAGAGCCUCCGCAAGUUAAAGUGGUAUUAAAUAUUGGACUGUUCGCUGUGUGUUCACUCGGAAUUUUCAUGUUUGUUUAUUUCUCCUUAUGAACUUAAGGAUGUGGUGAGACACUUAACUUAAGCAAAUACUGGUCUUUGAAAACAAAAAUGUAACUCUUGCAUCUCUCAGGCAUUGUUUACGCUGAAGGUUUUAGCCAAAUUUUACUUAGCAGAAAAUCAUCUAUUUGCAAGACUAUUUUCCCAGAGUUGGAUGAAAGUAAAUCUUCAACUUAAAUGAAACAAAACAGACUGAAUGGGGGGUGGGGGGAGAAUGUGGUUUUAGAAUUUUACAUACCAAAGUGAGGAAAGACCAAUUAUUCUCAUAGAUCAUGUAAAGCAGAACAUGUGUUAAGAUGUCAUGAUGAAGUGUCCUGUGUGCAUUGCCCAGUCUUAGUAGACCUUUGCUGAAGUAGAUCUGCUCAUUUGUAAGCUUUUUGUCUCUAAUACCUGCUAGGAUUAAAAGAUGGAGUUCGUAGAGAUUGUAUGAUUAGUUAUGUCCCGAAAGUCUAAUGUGUUGUGUAGUGAUUACUGCAGGCCAGCUUUGUUUGUGUGAUUGUUUUUGUUAGCAUGAGUCUAUGGGUUCUGCUUGCCAAAAGAAAGGAAGGAUGUUUUCCUGUAGGUAUUGUACCACUUGUAUGUGGAAUGUUAGUGGUUUGGGGCAGACUUUGUUUCAAUCCCCUCCAGCUAUGUUUUUCUUACUUAAACUGAACCAUACUCAAAUGACUACCAAGUCUGUCUAUAAUUUUCUUUUUCAUCAGGGGGGAAGUAAAUAUUGCUGAUGAUCCCCACAUUUAUUGAUCAAAUAAGGUUGUUUUAAAAUACAGUUUGGGAAUUACCAGCUACCAUGCAAUGCUUGAUAAACUUAAUGCUAAGAGGAUAAUGAAUCAUUUUCUACCUGUUUCUAGCUGCUUUCUUGUCAUUUUGUAACAUUCCUUGUUAAUUAGCCAAAUGCCUUCCCAAGUGGGUCCAGUUGUCAGAAAACGUUCAGUAUCGUGACGGAAAGUUGGCCCUGCUUUUGUAUGCAGUUGUGGUACUGAUUAGCUUGUGAUAUACUGAUGUUGUGUUUAGAGGGGAGAUCAAGUGCUGACUCCAUACUGCAUUCUUCCUAAGUUCUCUUCGUGGUUUUUGUCUUUCUUGAAGAUGGGCUGUGUCUUUACACCUAUGCUGUUACAGUCAGCACGUGAGUGUUCCCUACAAACUGCUCUCCGUCACAGGAAGCUUCACCCUCGCUGUUUGUCAGUGAAGGUUUUUCUGGGGGGUGGCCAGCAUGUUCCUAAGUUGCCAUGAACAGAGACUUUGGGCUUAGCAGUGUGCUUGUGGAGGCGAUCGAUCACAGGACUCUCGAUACAGACCUUUAUCUUGGCUUAGUGUCCAGCUGUAACAUCCAUGGGCAGUCGAUUUUCAUAGGCUGUUUCUCCUUAGUGAGGAUGGUGCCGAAGGCAUUAGAGAAAACCUCUUGAGGAUGAUGUGUAGUCCUGUGUCUUCAACACUGCCUGUUCUCCUCCAUGAGAAAUGAGGAAGCUAAUUAUGUACCUACUUUCUUUACGCUAAUAACUUUUACAAUUACACAAUAAAUUUAUUAAGCCUUGUACUCAAAGAGAAUUAUUACUUUUAUAGGUCAUUUUGUAGAUUUUUUGAAUCAGAACUCAACCCGAUAACUAAUUUUUUUUUGUUUUUUUGUGAUGUAUCAACCUGUUUGCAGAUGAUGGACUUGAGUUCAACCCUGACUUUAGGGGUCAUCCGGUGCAUGCAGUCUUCCUGUCUGCAGGGGGUUCUGAUAGACUGAGUCUGUAGAUGGAAAAAGUAGUUUAUGUACGAAUAGCAUGUAUUUCUGAAGAACUUAGAGUGCCUUGUACAAUUUUUCUCUCAAUUUCUAUUUUGAGGUUUAUAACCUAGGGGCCAAGUAGACAGGGGCCAUCCUUUUCCUGAAUGGAGGUUGAGGCUGUGAUGUGUCCAAGGUUACAGGACCUUUUGGAAAGAUGAGAAAUCAGUUCUCCAAACUGGAUUCAGAGUUUGCCCACAUGUGUUUGAAUGAAUGGUUUGUUCAGGGUUUGUGACAGUCUUCUCUUAAAGAAUUCUCCAUUUGAGAUAACCUUUCAGGCUUUGAAAAUGUUAACAAGAUCUUGGCUUGUCCAAAUUUGUAUUAAGUUGUAGGAGUUAGUGUUUCCUUUGAACACAUCCCUAUGCUUAGCAAGAAUUGACACAUUGGCUGAGUGGCCUUCCUAAUCCUCAUAUUUACAGCAGAAGUGAAUAGAUAUUUGUGUGAAUUUCUCCCCUUUAUUAUUAUUGAGUCUUAAUAAUUUGGAAUGUCGGAGUCCUCUUACCCUCUUUUUGUUGUCUUAUAGUAAGAUAUAUAAAAUACAUCAUCAUGUGUCUCUGUGUAAAUAGCAGUAGGUCAAGUUUAGAGUACUAAUGUUUAUAAAUAAGGAAUGACUUAGCAUAUCCACUAGGUGUUUAUUCUCACCAGUACAAACAUCGCUUUAUUGAGUCUGAAGUCCCUAACGCUUGUCUUCCUUACCUUCCCAGUAAUAGAUACUGUGAUUAAGUAAGUAUGUGAAUUGGUGUUGGCAGCUUCAUUUCAGGAGACCAGUCUUUAGUGUAUGGGUUGUUGGAAUGAUCUUGGAAUGAUACAUGAUUUAUUUCAGGCUAGCAAAAUGUUCAUCCUUCACAUGGAUAUAUGAGUCCUAAAAGAUGGCAUGCAUCUGUAUAGACAUUUACACAUGCAUUUUUGUGCUUGUGCAAGCUAAGUAUCGGAAUUGACCAAGAUUGACCAUGACUAAAAUAGUGGCUAAAAGUAAAAACAUAGGUGAGGCUAUUGGUCUACAGAGGUAGGUGAGAAAUAGAAGCCUGGCAUCUAUCGUAUGAGAUCAUGUGUUUUGUCUUCCCAAGCAGUUCAUGUCUGGGUCUAGAGUGAAGGGCUUUUAACAGUGGUCUGGAGAAUGAUAGUUGGCUCUUCCGUGGGACUUCAGGUUUCUCUUUCAUUUCAGAAGAUUGUGUCCUGCCAUCCCAAGAAUAAACAGCUGGGCCGAUCUCUCCUUCAGCUAUUCUGUCUAGGAAGUGAUUGCUUUUGUUUUUAGAGAAGCAUCAAGUAAUAGCACCUGUCCUUGGCUCAAAUUCAAUGGAUCUCAUUUCCAGGGCUUCCUUUUUACUGGCUCAAAGGAUCCAUUAUCUUGCACAAAGAAGCUGAUCAGGGUUGUAUGUCCUUAUCUCUUAGAGAUGUCAGCAUAAGAAAUUAGCAGAGACCCUUCCUUCACUUUGUGAAACUUCCCAGUUAAGAAUAGAUCAGUGGAGUUAAUUGGUUCAUUAAGCAUAGGGUUAAAAGCCGUGUGUGUGUGGGGGGGGGGGUAUGAAUCUUUAAAUUCCUACAUUGGGGUCUUUCUCUAUUCCAACUGCGUGAUCAUCUCAUCUCUUUGAAUAUCAUUAUUGUAAUCGAUGGAUGCGUCUUCUUUUCUACCGAAUAAAUAAGCUUUGUCAUUAGCCAUGAAAAGAUCAGCCUCUAGUCUGACUGAUACUCUAGUACUAAGAUGGCUUCAUUCCCUCCUGCCUUAUUCCCUUUCACAUCUUCAUUGGAGGUAUGAUUGGAAAGGGACCACAUAGGUAUCUAGUAGUGACACUUAACCAUUUCCUAAGUUUUAUGUUGAAAGACCAUGUGUACACAAGACCAUUCCUGUUAAAUUACGCGACUUCAGAGCCUUGUUGGCGUACAAUUUUUCUAAGAAAUAAUAGUAAUAAAUUCGAUGUUGAUAAGUGUGUGUAAUACAGAUGUGAACAGAUUGAUGAUAAAGAACAAUCACUAGUUUAAAAUCUGUAGAGGUGAAAGGUCACAUUCAUUGGGUUCUGGAACUUGAGGCGGCUGGGCUGUUGGCUAGCGUAAGCCCCUCUCCAGGGAAUAAGGUCUAGCUUGGUGAGUUUCAUGCUAAGAUGGUCAGGUUAAAGUGGCUGAUAGCUGACAGACCUGAGUGGGAAGCAGGCCUUUCGGCUUCUUGCUGUGUGGGAUUUCUCAUUGCCUAAGCAGAGUUUACAGGUGGCGGUGUCUGGUUCCCUUGUCCCUUGCUUCUUAGUUGGUCAUCUGCUCUUUCUUCCAGUACUUUUCGAUUUCCUGGUUAGUGCUUGGUUUAUUUCACAUCCUCUCUUGAUGUACACAUGUCUUGCUUUGCCCCAGUAUUGAGGACUUAUAACCAAAUAAUGAUUCAUUAAAUUUCAGUUAGGUUUAAACAUACUAAACUUAGAGUAUCUAAAAAUGUUAAUGAGAAUAAAUGUUUCCAAGAUAAUUUCCUCAUA